AUGUCGCGAAUGACAUCAGAAAUGCGGUCGAACAACGUGUCGGUCCCGCUCAGGUUCGACAACAGCCGUGGCUCAGCUUAUCAGAGUUAUGCAGGAUCCUCUCUCGCCUCCUUACGUGUAUUCGUGGCAAACCUAGACAUGAAACAAGUGUAUCUUUCUUCUUUUGACAUCUUCCUUAGCAGUGUACUAUUGCACAGCCUGCCUUUAUGCCUCUUCGACGAUACUUCGUCAUCAACACUAUUUCGGCAUGGGGCUGUGAUGCUGACUCAUGCACAACAGGCAACUAAGCAUGAGGUUUGUGCUUCUGAAACCAACUAG